CCACGGGGGUUGAAAAUACGAGAAUGUUGGAAUAAUAUGAUCGAAAUAAUACGUCAUAAUCAUGAUUAUUUUAUUCAAACUGCUUACAACCGUGUCAUAACAACUCAGCUUUCGGAUACAUUCGGAUACAUUUAUAACUGCAGUUACUGGCCAAAAAGUAAAGUUCUAUCCGUCAGAAUAUAGAAGGGUACCUAUUACAGCUGGUACCUGAAAGACCUACAGGUUUCCGGCGGUGUACUCCAAUAAGCCGUUCGUAUUUUGUAGUUUAUAACUAUAAAACGGCUUAACAUACGAAUAACGUAAUCGAAUAUAAUGAUAGUAUGACGGUGCGCACGCGUUUGUCGGUAGGUACCUACAUCUAUUAAGGCGUGAGUGUGCGCGAACAUGUGUACAAAAUAAAAUCGAUAUAAUGCGCGUAUCGAAAAUGCCACGCAAUAGGGUUUGCGCGACGGCCGUGGAGGAGAGCAGAAGUUUGAAUAAUGAAAACGCACGAAUGGGGGAAAAAAAAAAAGGAAGGAAGGAAGGAAGGAAGAAAAUAAUCAGCAUUGAGACGCCAGCGGAAGGGUGCUAUAGCGCUAUCUAGCCGGCGUAUAAAAUAGCGCCUCGCGAAGGAUAAACGUAUUUGGACGGAAAAAAGUUAAUAAUUUAGUCAUAGACUAAAAUAAGUCACGAACAAUAAUAAUAAUAAUAAUGAUAAUAAUAGCAAAUAAUAUUCGAAUGGAACGACGUAAACAUCGCGACCUCUCUCUGCAGUCGGUUUUCGGUCGAUCGUUCGUCCGCGGUCAAUACGAACGGCCGACAUUGAGCAGGUACCUACCUACUUCAUGCAUAUUUUGUACGUUCAAUAGUAAACAUGACGACGGUAUAAUCGGAACGAUUAGAGUAAUAAUAAUAAUGUUAUUUUUUCGACGUUUUCUAGCGGAUACGGAGACUCAAUACCGCCACGGGCGCGACAGUCCAAAAUUCGCGUGACCCCGCCGCCACGCCCCACCGCUUGAGCGUUGGCCGUGCUAUCUCUCGCGACAUUAUCGACUGAGACUUGAAAAAAAUAACAUUGAAACGUUAGCAUUUCAGCGUGUGUUUUGUGGACGUUACAAUAUUAUUAUUACGAGCGCACGCAGGUACAUCACGCCCCGACGUCCCACGCAACAAUAAUAACAUCGUCUCGUGUGCACUAUCAGCGCACGUAAUUUUAUUGAUAACGUCGACGGCGACGCCGGUUAUCUCUCCUUCUCGCCUCUAUCGCUCAUUCGCUCGCCAUCGCGGUCGUACCGUUUCACGCAGGCAAUAAUAAUAAAUAAUAAUACGAAAUAGGUAUUGAAACGACGCCGAGCGACGUGUGGUUUUGCAGAGUUCGAUUAAUCGGCGAGACGGAGAUCUGACCGUCGAGAAAAAAAAAAUCCUAACCGUACGGCGGCGGCGGCGGUGUGUGUGUGUACGUUCAUCGCUUAAAACGAGGACGCGCGCGCCGACCGGUGGUGACUAAACGUGCAGAGAGAGAGAGAUAGAGUGAGCGACCGUGCGUGCGUGUGUGUGCGUGCGUGAGCUAGUGUGUGUGUUACUGUGUGUGUGUGUACGUGCUCGUGUUUGCCGUGUGGUCCGUAGCGUACGUUCCGCAGGCUUUUGAAUAAUUCACGUCGCUCGCACACCGUAGGCGGUACCCGCUUUUUUCCUUCUAUCGACUUUUUCCCGCCCAAAAAACCCAUCGGAAUUCACAUUUCGUUUUAUCGGCCCAUUAUUAUUCAUCGCCGUCCACAGUGAGCUCAGGGUCCCGUCUCUGGCGCGAGGACUGCUCAGAGCGACGACGACGACGACGACGACUAUACACCACCCGCCCACACGUCGCGAAUACCGCUUUUCUCCGGAGACGCGAUCGACCGCGUGAUCCGAUACGUGUUUUCGGGCAGCUCCUAACCGUCAAUUCAGGGUUUCGCCGACACGAGAUCGUCUCUAUGUCGCUCUGCUCUCUCCGACGCCAACGUCAUCAAAACCACUGAACCCAGUCGUGCCCAGGUGAACGAACGACAGUGGUCCGCUGAACAUGUCUGUGGCCGUUUUGACUGCCAUCGCGGUUUUCAUCAUCGUCGUGUUUCGCAUGCUCAACGUGUCCAGCCAACCACAAAAGCCAUCCUUCGUUUGCAGGGACAAACAGUUCCUCAACAGAGUCCUCAAAUUCGCACCCCAACUCGAUGAGCCAUAUGUACCAACUAGAUUGUGGGGAUUCAGUGGUCAUGUUCAAACUAUUUUGUACAGUGUUUUUGGUAGAGUAAGGUGUCCAUGCCCCAAAGGAGACAGGAGAUUCUUAAAUCUCGAUGAUGGAACUACUUUAACAUAUGAUCUGUUUAAGCCAACUGUUAAUGAACCAGAGCUAGAGGACAUAACUGUAGUCAUAGUUCCUGGAAUUUGCAAUUCUUCAGAAAGUGAUUAUAUUCGAACAUUUGUUAAUUACACUCAAAAUCAAGGCUAUAGAUGUGCAGUUCUUAAUCAUGUUGGAGCUUUGCAUAAUGUACCUGUUACCGCUUCUAGAAUAUUUACAUAUGGUCACACAGAUGAUCUUCAUGUAAUGCUUUGCAAUUUAUCUGAGCAUUAUCCUAAUACUAAAAUUAUAGUUAUUGGAUAUAGUAUGGGUGGUAACCUAGUUACUAAAUACCUUGGAGAAUCUCGUCAUAAUAGACCAAGUAGUGUUAUCGCUGGAGUAUCUAUAUGUCAACCAUAUGAUGCAUUAAAGGCUACUGGUGUUUUAUUACAUUGGCAAAACUUUCGAAGACUUUAUUUGUAUGCAUUAACAGAAGCAAUAAAAGCUUUAAUCUUGAAACAUAGAAGUAAACUAUUGGCAGACGAUAUUAAAGAACAAUAUUCAUUAAUUGAAAAAGAUAUAAUAUCUGCUGCUACGUUACCAGAACUUGAUGAUGCUUAUACCAGGAAAGUCAAUAAUUUUAAAAACCUUCAUGAGUUUUACCGAUGGUCAAGUUGCUUGCAUUACAUAAACAAUGUAAAAACACCAAUGAUAUUUAUUAAUUCAAGAGAUGAUCCAUUGGUGCCAGAAGAUUUAUUAAUACCUAUUCAAAAUUUUGCAAAAUCAAAAGAUAAUAUAUUGUACAUGGAACUGAUGCAUGGUGGUCAUCUUGGAUUUUUCGAAGGCGGAUUCUUGUAUCCUAACCCUAUAGCAUGGUUGGAUCGAACUUUAGUUUCAUUAUUGCCAGCUCUCAGAGAACAUUAUGUUGAUGACAUGAAAAAAACAACAGCAGUUUACUGAUUUUAUCCACUUUUAAUUAAAUACAAGUGUGUGUAUGCAUUUAUAUAUAUGUUUAUAUAUCAUGCUGUAAAUGAAA